AGAAUUCGAUGUUGAAGUGCUUAAUUUAUUUAAAAAAAAAUUAAAACUGCUCAUCAAUGAAGAUGAACUAUGUGAACUAUUCUCGACAGAUAAAAGAGGAAUUGUGAGAUUUAUUAAUAAGGUUCUUGGAAAUAGGACAUAUUCGAAAGAUGCUAAAUUGAUAUUCCAAAAGUUAUUUGAAGAAAUAUGUUCUAAAUUUGAUCAAGAACUGAUUAAAUUGUAUUGUAGUAUUUGUAAACAAGAAGUUUUUGAAAAAGAUGGUUGUAUUCAUCUACUACAAAGAAUUGAUUUUGUGGAAGUUUUUGAAUUUGUACAAUUUUCGAAAGAUCAUUGUGAUUACGAAAAAUAA